AUGGCCAAAUUGUUUGAAAAUCAACACACACCUUUAAACACUAUCUCGUUUAAUCCCGAUGAGAUAUAUAACAAUUAUGAUUCAAAUGCGUGUAAACUUGGUUUAUAUAUAUAUACUGGCGCUUAUACUAUUGAUAACGAUAUGGAUAAGGACGUCAGUGAUCCUGCACAAACAGUUUCAACACUACUGAAGUCUAUUAAAAAUGCUACCGAAGAAAAAGCACAAAAACUUCGUAAUACUACAGUUUAUGGGUUGUUAUGUCAAUUAAGAGGUCUAAUUCAACAUGAUCAAAUUAGACGAGAACUAGUUCAACAAGAUGGUUUGCCAUUGCUUAUAAAGUGUUUAAAUGAUGUUGAAUUUGAUGCUUGGAAUCUUGAACGUUCAUUAGAAAUGUUAUGGACAAUGACAUUUAAUCCAGAAGCAGCUGAAUUUUUAAAACGUGAUUCUAGUUUUAUUACCACAAUCAAAAAAUUAUCAAAAACAGUUACUAAAGAUGCUAUAAAAAAAUCAAUCGCAGGUAUUCUUUGGAAAUUAGAAAAAGAAGAUGAGUUUGUUGCAAAACAAGAGAAAAUUGAGCAGAUGACAAGUCAGUCUAAAGACCAAUCACAGAUAGCUGAAGAAUAUAAAUAUGGUAUGAUGAUCAGUUAUUCACAUGAUGAUAAAGAUUUAUGCUAUAGGUUACAUGAACGAUUAAUAGCAGAUCAUUUUCGAGUAUGGGUAGAUAAAGAAAACUUAUAUGGUCCACAAAUGGAAGAAAUGGCACAAGCAAUUGAAAAUUCAGAAUUUGUUCUUUUAUGCAUGUCAGCAUCUUAUAAACAAAGUGUAUAUUGUCGAGCUGAAGCUCAAUAUGCAUUUACUCGUCAACGGAAUAUUAUUCCAUUAAAAAUGACAGAAAACUAUCAUCCGGAUGGUUGGCUAGGAUUUUUAACUGCUCCUCUAACUUAUAUUGACUUUCAUAAACACGGUUUCGAUAAUGCAUAUGAUAAAUUAAUGAUUGAAAUUCAACGUUAUCGCUCUAUCCAUUCGAAUUCAGUUUCGAAACACAAAGUAUUAAAUCAACAUGGUUCAAUGCAGAAUAAUAAUGUAUUAAAUCAUCCUGGUUUAGUGCAGAAUAAUAAUGUCGCAUAUAAAGAAACGCCGCCGUUAAUCAUCCAGUCAUCGGUUGAACCAAUAAUUGCAACAUCUUACGCAAAAAAAAAUCUAAUAUCAUGGUCCCAACAAGAUGUUCAAAGUUUUCUUAAUGAUACCGAACUUAAAACAAUGCUAUUAUUGUGUGAAAAAAUGAAUGGUGCUGGUUUAUAUCAAACUUUUAAAAUGUGCGAAUCAUCUCCAGAUUCAAAAAUGUAUCAAAUAUUAAAUGAGCAAUUACGUGAAUCUCAUGGAAAAACAUUGCCAAUAUCUGAAUAUUCACGUUUUUUGACAGAACUUAGAGUCUAUACAGUAACUGCGACAGAUAAAUCAUGCUUAUGCACACUUAUCUGA